CUCGGUAUCGCGCCGUUGGAAACGUCGAAUCGAUAAGUUAUGAUGUCGGAACGAUUUCCUGUCGAUGGCGUGCCUUCAUACCUUGACGGGUCAAUUUUAAAGGAAACGAGGCUGGAAGCGUCGCAGCAGGUAUUAAAGUUUGAAAAUGCUGAAACUCCAAAUCCUACCGGUUCGGACUUGCAACAAUAGUAGGGAUCUAAGUGUCGCUGCACAGAUAACGGACUAAAUUAAUUCAGACCUACCAGAUGCUCGAAUUGAAAAUUUUAAGUCCCGACGGGGUGGUUUUUGCAUCCAACAGAGUUCCCGAAUUGAAUUUCUCAAAUACUCCAUUGUUCAACUAUGAAUUUAACUUUUUUAAAUAACGAAAGGCAAUUAAAACCAAAAACUGUCAUCAAUCAUCUUGACAAGAUAAACGUCAAGAUCACCUGACACGGGGUGGUCAUUAAUAAUGAUUUUACAAUGCUUAUACGCGUAUUAACAUUAUUCAGUUUCUGGUUGUAUCUAAUCGGAUGUAAUGAUGUAGAUCGUAACGUAACUAAACGCAUCGUAGCUGGUUACACCGCUUUUAAAGGACAAUAUCCAUAUCAAGUCGCUAUUUUACACGCCGCCGAUGGUUUAAUAUGCGGAGGAUCGAUAAUUACUCAAAAAUGGGUUUUAUCUGCUGCACAUUGUUUCGAUCGUUAUGUGGCCGUUAACUUAUUAAUUACAACUGGUUUUCAUUUUGGGAAGAAUUAUACUAUUGACGAUGUCGUUAAACAUCCUAAAUAUCGUAAAGAUGACUUAGAAAAUGAUAUCGUUUUAGUUAAAAUUAACAGCAUUUUUCAUUUCAACGGUGCGAUCCAAGCGAUUACUUUAUCGUCUGAAGAAAUUGGGUUGAAGGAUUGUUUGGCGUUGGGUUGGAGUGGUGAUAAUGAAACGGGAGUGUUUAGGCCAAGAUUCGUGCACGUUUCGACUAUGGCUGAUAAAUACUGUAAAGAUAUUUAUAAAGAAACGAAUGUUGUGGUGACGAUUUCGAAUUUUUGCGCUUGGUAUAAAUAUCGGGGAUUAGAUUUAUCAGAAAAUGACUCUGGAAAUCCGUUAAUUUAUCAAGAUAGACAAAUAGGGAUCACAUCAAUCGUUGGGAAAUAUCGAAAACCAGUUAUUUUCACGAAAGUUAGCUUAUACAUAAAUUGGGUAAACCACACAACUAAUACUGCUAAAAUUAUUAAAAUAGAUGAUAAAAAACCUACUCAUCCAUGAAGCAUGGGUUGCAAUAAAAGUGAAGAACCCUUUUUGUUUUGGUGUUAUUCCCCCCCAUUUCAAAACAAAUCGAGUGUAAAACGUUGUGUUGAAGAGGGAACGUUUAAACUCGAUAAUGCGAUUUCAGGAUUACGUUUCAGUUAACGUGAAAACGAUUAAGAAGUAUUUUUGCUUUAAUUUAGAAACAAAUUUUUAUAUUUUAUCCUUUGAAAUUUUAUGAUGCAAGAAUAUCGCUUUUCCAAUAACGGAUAAUGAUAACAAAAUCAAAGGAAACACUUAAAACCUCUUUUAAGCUUUAAUAAAAGUUUACGUUCACUAUGUCGUAGUUAUUUUGAGUCUUUUUGGUACCCAAAUCCCCCCAGUUUACGGAUAAUGACGCCUGGAUCCGGCGCAAAGUACAACGUGUCUGGGUGAUUCUCCACGAAUAUGAAUUCGUGAGAACGAUAUUGCGCUAGUUCUCUGUGCCAAAUUGAAUUCAACGGGGUAAUGUUAGAUAUGGAGAUGGAUCGGAGCACCUUAAAACUCCAACAUUAUCAUGAAUAUAUAAAAAGACUAAAAAGAAUUAUG